UUCAUAAGACCCAGAGCGUCUCUAUCAUCGCUAACAGAGGAACAUCUGGUCAUCAUGAAGACUGCCAACAUCCUCCUGCUCUGCAUGCUGGGAGCCACUCUGCUGUCCACGGUCCUCUGCCAACAUUCAGUUGGUCCCGACGAAUGCUGCUUUAAAUUCUUCAGAUUCCCAGUGGACCAAAAUCGCAUCUCUUCAUAUUUCAUGACUGAUAGUCGCUGCUCCUUGACAGCUGUUGUCUUAAUAGGAAAAAGAGGACGUAACAUCUGUGUUGAUCCAAGUCAGCCCUGGGUGAAGAAUAUUACGGACUAUCUGGACAGAAACUCCUUUUAAAGUUGCUGCCAUUUGUCCUGAUUUAAAGUCCAAUAAAACACAUUUGGCAAAGUGAUCAUGUUUUUAGUAUCAGAAUUAUUCUGUUUCCAAUAAUCAAAGAUUUUGCUUUUAAAUAUAAUCACUGUUGAUGUUUUUAUCAUUUCUUUGGAAGUUUUGUUCAUGAACUAUCAGUGACUGGAACCAUUCAGAUUUCUGUUGAAUUCAUUUUUACUUCUCUGAUUCUGUUUUCAUAAUUUUCUCUAAUCAAACACAAAAUCAACAAAAAUGUUGCUGGAUGUUUUCCUUUGCUUGCUUUUGUUCAAAAAUAAACCCGACUCUUAUCUAAAG